CAGACCACAACAAUGGCUUUGCAGGAGGUCACCACAUCAUUCCUGCGCCGACUGCGCCUGGCAGAGAAGCCAUUGCACAGCGUCUGGACGGCGCAAUGUCAACGAUACGCGUCGAGCGAUGCCACCACCACCACCACCACUGGUCAGGAGGUCAGCGAGCUCGAAGCCACCGAGUUCCACGCGACUCCAUCAGAUGCUGCAGAGAAGAGGCUCUCCGAAUACAGCCCGCUAGAGCGCUCACGAAGGCGAAGAGCGCAAUUGCCAGCGAGCAGAUAUCAGUUCCGCCCUCCAAAGUACUUUCGCGGUCCUCUCCACCCUCACCAACCCCCCAAGGGCUCCGAUCCUGCCUCGCGCGAAUAUGUUCCCGGCCCCUUCUCUCUUCCGCGCCUGGAGCAGACCUACCACGACACCUUGAAACCUGACCUUAUGACCCUCUCAUAUACCCAUUACCCCCCGGGCACCGAGCCUCACAAAAAGGGUGCCCGCCUGCGAGAAUGGACGGGCGACUCGCCGUACUACAAAAACAGACCGCUCCGAGGUCCUCGUGGUGGUGAUACUCUGAAACUCCUCCGCAAACCCAUCACAUUCCGCAAUGUGCCCAAGCUGGAGCGCGUCACCGUUCACACCUUCGUGAAAGAAGCUGCUGAAGACAGCGCAUACUUGCAUGUCGCGGGCAUGGUCUUGCAAGCCAUCACCAAUGUGCGAGCGACGUCGCAUGACAUUAAAGCAUCGGUGGCUGGCUUUGGCAUCCGGCAAGGACAGUUUCUGAGUGUGACUUGUGAUCUGCGAGGAGAAGACAUGUAUCAUUUCAUCAGCAAAGUCGUCGAUGUCGUGAUGCCCAAGAUCAAGGACUGGCCAGGUGUGAAGGGAAGCACCGGAGACAGCAGCGGUAACUUGGCUUUUGGUCUCGAGCCCGACCAAGUUGCGCUCUUCCCCGAGAUUGAGGUCAAUUAUGAUGCUUACCCUCCCAAGAUGAUUCCCGGCAUUCACGUUAUUGUUCACACUUCUGCCACCAACGACCAGGAUGCACGGAUGCUGCUGAGCUCCGUUGGCAUCCCAUUCUUCGGCAAGCUCAUCAAUUGAUCAUUUUUUCAGCAUUGCACCUCGCAGUGGAUCACGCCACCGCCUGCGGACUUGGCGCUUCCUGACCGGCUGCAGCUACAGCGAGCGUCACGAGUUGGACAAUUGAACGUCCCACGAGUUUGUGGGAGCUGUAACGAUGUUGCAUACCAUACCUUGCUGGUUGCAGGUACCUGUAUGGGGCAGGCCGCGCAUUGACGAGUCAGGCGAGAGAGUGCAUCCCACGAAGUCCCUCGCCGGUCCCAGACCGCUUCUCCACCACCAUAAAGUCAAGGAGCCACCCGAUUGCGAGUGUGAAGAUUGACCUGCAUUAUCUGGUCUCUCAUUGGACCUGAAUUGCUGGCAUUGCUCGGAGUAUUCGCGGACGUCGGAUUCUGAUCGCCUUUCGCGCGAACCAAGGUGGGCAAUGUGGUGGGUGGUGGUAUGCAACAUGCAACAAGGAUUCGAUCAGGCCGCAUGAUCAAGAUUAGAUGGCAUAAGAAGUAGUGACAACAGCUCUCCCUGUAGGAGGUAGGAGGUGACAUAUAAACAGCUUUC